AUUGAAAAUUAAUUGACACAAAUAAAAUGGGCAGAAAAUAUGGUUUCCCUAAUUAGGAAGAGCACAGACCCAAAAUGCCAUGGAGUUCAUGGUAGGAAGUGAUCGGUGAGGGCUCCAGGGAUGAAGGGGGUCAGAGAAGCUCACAGAGAAGAUAAGAGAUAAAUCUGAGAGGUAGGGCAAGUGUUUGGCUUGGAAACAGAAUCAGUGGACCUAUAGUAAAAGGCAGUUCAGGCCAUGGGCAACACCUAAGAGAAGGCAAUCAGACUGGAGCUUGUUUCUUUAUGACAUGGUGGGAAAACCAGUCUGGUAAACCAUAGGGCAGGAGACCAGAAAGAAAUAUGGUUGGACGAGGAAGAUAGGGCCAGGUCACAGAGCUACUUGAAACCAGACUCCCAAGGACUGACUUGGGGUCUUUGGAAGUCCUCUAUCAAAAUGCAAAUAUCCAAUAAAAGAACCAAGGAGUAAAUUGAGGGGUGUGGAGGUGCGGUCAGUAGAGGCUGGACAGCGUUCCAUUAUACACUGUCACAGGAGAAAAGGGAUUUAUGAUACCAAUACUGGCUGGUAAACUCAACUGUGGGUUCCAUCUUGCGCUCUGGGAUGCCCCGAUGGAACAAAACCCAGACCAAGUGUAUCCUGAUGGGCCUGAGGAGAGGGAGGACAGAGGGAAAUUACACCGAAGGCUUCAGCAUUACCAGGAAGAGCUGGUCCAGGUAGGGGCCACACCUGAUGGACAGCCACAGCCUGAGGAAAGACUUCCAAUGGAGAGGGAGAAAUAGCAGAGAAGACAAAUUUCCCCUAAUUCACAAUUUUGCCAACUGCUGACCCUUUUAAUGCACAUAACCCUUCUUUAUGGCCCAGUACAACUCUUAUCCCUUCAUUAAACGGAUGUUCUUUUGGAUCUCACUACCAAAAUCAAGAUGUGGGGAAGACUCCACAUGGCUCUUUAGGGAGGAGGUCAGAAGGAGAAUGAAGCGCACUCACAUAAACCAACUGAGGGCUUCUUGUGGCUUCCUAAACACAGUGGAGUAUAUGGAGAGGAAGCAGUCUUGCCUCAGGUCACCUUCAGGACCCCCUAGGGCCAAGGUGCCUCAAGUUAGCAAUAGAAUUGAAAAUAAUUGUUCUCACCAAAGAAACCUCUGUAGAUAGGUUGCCGUGAAACUGGAAUAGGUGUGUCUUUCUGACCUUCCGGUUCUUUUUAUAGGCACUGCAGGGACCUGAGUGAGGGCCUCUGGUCCUUCCGCCCAUUUGGGGAGAGAUUAAAGAAGCUGCGAUUGUCUCCUUCUUACUCAUUGGCAGUUACAACCUCGCAGCCACCACCACCUCAGCUUCCAGCGUGGACACAGAGAAGGUAAGUGGGAAAGAAAGGGCCAUGCCCUCAGCUAUAAACCCGGAUUGCUCCAGCCAUCUGGCUCGGGAAUAACUGGAGGGGAAUAGAACUAGAAGUAUCCAGUUGCAAAGUUCUUUUUUCCUGAAGAAUGUGUGGAAUUUUUUUCCUAGACAGCCUUAGCAAAGACCUAGAUUUUGGUGCUCAAGGGUCCAAAAGGUUAGAUGAAGCAGGGACCACUCUGCAUAAUUCUUUGAUGAACGACUAGUAGGUAUUUAGCAAUAACAUGUUGUGUUGGAUUGACUCGAGUUGAAAGAAGGAACGGCCAUGAGAAUUACUAGGAAAAAUUAUCUGUCCGUCUCCCUCAGGCGGUGCAUCAAUGUCUUGAACGAUCCGAUGAUCCAUUAAUGUUGACAGUGCUUGUUCUGGAGCCCAAAUAACUGGAAUCUCAUUAACCAUGCAAACGUUGCCACACGCCCCAUUUUAUGAAAAAUAUUCUGCCUCAGGUUUCAGAAAGCCUCGGUGUAAACAGACAUGAAAAGGGAUGAAGUCUCUGGAAGUAGAGACUGUUCUGCUCUUCCCAGCAGGAUGGAGCUAGGCGAGAUUUCGGGGUUUGAGUUUGGGGAUGUUCCAUCUGGUCCUUCCAGGUGUCUUCUGUUGGGAAGGAGAGACAUUCUAGUGCCCAAAUAGAACUACCCGACAGGCGUUCUUUAUGGGUGGAUAUAGUCAGAAAUUUGUCUCAUCUUUCUUCUGCAGGGAAACAGGAGUCCAUUCUCGUGAGGUCCACCUACAAGUCACCAUGUAUGAGGACUGCGUCAAGUCCACUGAGGACUAUUAUUUCGUCUGUGACAACGAGGGGGCAUGGAGCAUUGUUCUAGAGUCCCUGGCAAUAAUUGGCAUAGUAGUUACAAUUAUACUACUCUUGGCAUUUCUUUUCCUCAUGCGAAGGGUUCAAGACUGCAGCCAGUGGAAUGUCCUCCCCACUCAGGUCCUCUUCCUCCUGGGUGUGCUGGGCCUCUUUAGCCUCACUUUUGCCUUCAUCACUCAUUUCAAUCAGCAAACUGCCCCCGUACGCUACUUUCUCUUUGGGGUUCUCUUCGCUCUCUGUUUCUCGUGCCUCUUGGCUCAUGCCUCCAACCUGGUGAAGCUGGUCCGGGGCAGAGUCUCCUUCUCUUGGACGACAAUUCUGUGCAUUGCUGUUGGUGUCAGCUUGUUGCAGGUGAUCAUUGCCAUUGAGUACGUGACUCUCAUGAUGACCAGGGGUAUGAUGUUUGUGCAUAUGACACCCUGUCAGCUCAACGUGGACUUUGUUGUGCUCCUGGUCUAUGUCCUCUUCCUGAUGGCCCUCACAUUCUUCGUCUCCAAAGCCACUUUCUGCGGCCCCUGUGAGAACUGGAAGCAACAUGGAAGGCUCAUCUUCGUCACUGUGCUCAUCUCCAUCAUUAUCUGGGUGGUGUGGAUCUCCAUGCUCCUGAGAGGCAACCCACAGCUCCAGCGGCAGCCCCAGUGGGAUGACCCCGUCAUCUGCAUUGCCCUGGUCACCAACGCGUGGGUUUUCCUGCUGCUGUACAUCAUACCCGAGCUCUGCAUUCUCUACAGAUCGAGCAGGCAGAAUUGCCCUUUACCAGCCAAUGCCUGCCCAGCCCCAGCCUACCAAUGCAGCUUCAGAGUGGAGAACCAGGAACCCUCACGAGCCCGAGACAGUGAUGGAGCUGAGGAGGAUGUAGCAUUAACUUCAUAUGGUACCCCCAUUCAGCCGCAGACUGUUGAUCCCGUACAAGAGUGUCUCAUCCCACUGCCUAAAUCAAGCCCCCAGCAAGAUGCAGAAAUAUAAAGUCCAUAGGAAACAUGCAUAGUGAAAACCCAGAAGAUCAUCCCAAUAGAGACUUGAUGGGUUGCUGGGGAGCCCAGAGGCACGCUACCAACAAAGUGUGGCCUCAUCCUUCCUUCCCUGUUUCCUAGCCCAUUCCAUCCAUCAUGGACACAUCAUCAGAAGACCACCCUCAAGCAAUUACAAUCUUGCUGGCCACCCUA